GUCAAACCACCACACGCCAGCCAAAACAAAAGUUUUGACCCGUGCAAAAAUGGCAGCGCUUUGCGUACCGUAAUCUCCAAUCAAAAUAUCGCGUACAAAACGGUAAAAUUGUUGUCCCAGUUGUGUUCAAUCGCGGUUGCGAUAACGUUGGUUGGGUCGUGCGGUUAAUAUUGGGUUAACGCUGUGAAGAGAAGAGAAUUUCAAACGGAUUCCGGAAGGGCUGCCCCGCAGACUCCGGAAGCUGCGGAAAAAAGAACAACACAGCACAAAUCUGCCGAAAAAAAAUCAAUAAAAUGCUAAUCUGAGGAAAAAAGUGGAUGCUUGGUCGCACCGCGUCGUGUGAAAUGUGCUGAAAAAUUGUUUUGAAAUAAUUUGAAAUUGUGUGUAAAGAGUUUGAAAGUGAUUCGACCGUAAAAAUGUCCCAAAGUGCUCCCAGAAGACAUCCGCCCAGUGGCGGAAACACCGAGGUCAUGUCGGCGAAAUUCGGAGACACCGAGUGGGAGGCCAGAGAGUCCCAGCGCCAGCGUGAACUCGAGGAGGCCCGAGCCCGGGCUGCCCAGAUGGAGAAGACGAUGAAGUGGUGGUCCGACUGUACGGCCAACUGGAGGGAAAAGUGGAGCAAGGUCCGAACGGAACGCAACAAAGCUCGCGAGGAGGCCAAGCAGCUGCGCAGCAACCUGGAGUCCGCCAUCAAGGAGUCCAACUCGUACAAGCGGGAAAAGUGCGAACUGGAGAUGCAAAUCACGCAACUCAAGAAGGAGAUGGAGAAGGUGCACAUGCUGAUGAUGAAGCACGCCGGCCAGUUCAACAAGGCUAGUUUGGACGCGGCCGACGAGCCGGAGCGGGACGGCAGGGACAACAACUGCUCGCCGGAUAUCUCGUCGGACGGGUUGAAGAACGUCAACAGUGAGGAUGGGUUGGUGACGAAGGUUUGCCCAGGAGGAGGAGGAGGAGGGCAGCCGGCGGACGACAGCGGCCAGGACGAUCUGGACGUGGAGGAGUACAUUCUGCAGGGAGGUGCCAUGCCGAAACAUUCCGUAGAGUUAAGGGAAAAGCCCGACCCGUUGAUUGCCGCCGAAGAGAGAAGACUGAUCCAGCAGCUGUCGAAGGACGAGUACGACGAAGACUAUCUGCUGCAGAAGGUUUCGAUGCUGCAGGUGCGGCUGGACGAUGCGCAGAAGACGAUCCAGAUCGAACGGGACGAGAAGAACGUCAUUCACAAGAACUUUGAAAAGUUCCGCCAGGACAUGCAGGAACUGAGGGAGAAGUGCGAGGAGCUGAGAGCCGCCAAGCAGGACGCCGUUCGGGAACUUUUGACGCUGCAGGAGCAGCACCGGGUGGAGAUGAGAAUCACGAACAACUCGCUUCAAGAGGAAGUGGCCGCCAGGGAAACGCUGGAAAGGAGACUGUGCGAGCUGAGGACGGAGCUCGAGCGCAUGCAGGCGGAGAACGCGGCCGAGUGGGGCAAGCGCGAGCGCCUGGAAACGGAAAAGCUCAACCUGGAGCGCGAGAACAAGAAGCUGCGGGCGGAGUGCGCCGAUCUGCAGGAGCGCAUCGAGCGCAAGGGGCGACCACCGGUGAGCAACACCGACACCGAGUUCCGUGCGCUGCAGCAGGAGCUGCUGGAUAAGAAUAAGGAAAUCACCGACAUCCGCCACUCGCACAGCAAGAUGAAGAAGAUGCUGUCGGAGGCCAACACCGAGCUCGGUCAUGCCGUGCGGCGCGCCGAACAGUACGAAACCGAGGUCAAGCGGUUGCGUUCGCGCGUCGAAGAGCUCAAGCGGGAGCUGGCCGGUGCCGAGGACGAGCUGGACUCGGCCUGCAACCACGUGCGCCGGCUGCAGCGCACCAACGAGGAGCUGUCCGGCCAAACCGAAGGCCUCCAGGUGCAGAUCCAGCAUCUCCAGACAAGUCCCAAGAACCUCCAAGACCUUGCCAACUACAAAGCCACCAACAAGUCCAACUUUACGUCCAACUCCAACUACAAGCCAAACAUCAACGAUCUGAAGCAGUUGUUUGACAACUCACGCCAUUACGGCGAGCGCCAGAGUCAGUCCAAGUCCAAAUCCGGCGCUGGGCCGGCUCUGGACUCCCAGCCGAUGUUUCUGUCCGGGUCCUACUACGAUGCCAAGCCGAGCUUCAUCGACAACGAAGAUCCGUACGACACCAAGGACAAGUCGCUGAACAACAUGUUCGACUUUGAGCGCGCGAAGCAAAAGUUUGACAACAUUUCCAGAUCCACCGGAGGUGGAGGAUCCCACCUCAAUUCCAAACGGUCUUCCUCGGGCCAGAGCCAAAGCAAGCAUGCUUCCUCCUCGUCGGCGUCAAACUCGGGCAUUCCGAAGCGUCAGUCCAGCUUGACGGCGGGGGUCAGUGGAGUCGGGACGAACAAUUCGGGGUAUUAUGAUUGUAACAACUUCUCCGGAGAUCGUCCCCGGGACGAUAGCAUUCCGAUGUUGUCCAGCAAGGCGUUGGGCAUGGGAGGUGGUGGUGGUGCAAACGGAGGUAUCAACGAUGCAAUUCAGUUCUUCGAUCAUGACAAUCAGCGCGGUGGCGGAGUUGGCAAGUUGAACAUUACCAAGGUGAACAAUAUCAACUUGGAUGGGUUGAAGGUGUCGGAGGACGAUGAAACUCCGUAGUUACGGAUCAACCAGUCUCCUGUCGGCUAACGAUGACAACAGCGAUAACGACUAACGGCUUGUCCUCGCAUGAAAGAGAAAGAGUAAAAAUCAUAAUCCAGAGAUUAAAUUGUGCAGAACCUCUUCUUCGCAUAAAGAAUCAAACUAUUUACACACAAAAUAUAACUUGCGUCAGACUUAAAAGAAGGCAAAAAAAUGCAACGUCGAUUCUCAUUUCGGUAUACUUAUCUCUGCGUUUAAUUGAAUUACAAAUAUUACACACUGAGAAAAAAACACAAUGAAAUUAUAUUGAUAUCUCACAUUACUCAAUUGCAAACUGUGCAUUUAUUCGUGUUUGUUUUUUUCCCGUGAUAUCAUUGACUGUAGAAUGUGCGCGUCGUUUCUAAGUUAGAAUAUAGUUGAGGCCAUCUUGGAAGCAGAAUCAAAGUCCCACUUGAUAACUAAAGACUAAAAACAAGUAUUAACUGUUCAAGUUCUACACUUUGCAGUGUGUAAACGUAUGUACUACAAUUCCACAAAGCAUUCUUGUACACGGAAAACACCUGGUCGUUAAAAAGGUGAUUUCCAUUUUCGUGAGAGUUUUUUCACGUUUUGACGAACAGAUUUUUUCCGUGUAGACAGUAUAUUAGUACUUAUCUGGUUGAUCCGGAGGCAACAAUAGAAAACUUUUCAAAUCAAAAUCUGGUCGUCGAUUGGGCAAAAUCUCAAAAUUUUCGACAAAAGCUGUGCGUGUUCUCUAAUUGGCCUAUUGUGCUUGAGUUUUAGAUAUGUUGAUUUUCUUAAGAGUUUACGAAAGAGAUGCAAAAUUUAAUCACAUUGAUACGAAUAUAAACCAACUGUGCAAAAUUUA